CUGUAAAAAAAAAAGAAUUAAAUUAGACGCUUUCAGCCUGUUCUGACAGAAAUAUGAAUGUGCUAUCUAUCUGUCGAGCUGUGAACUUAAUCCACAGCUUGUACUUCUCUGUGUAAUGCUGUAUGUAUUUGGAGUAUCAAAGGGCAGCCACGGCUGGUUUCUCGGAGACGUGGUCAUUAUGAGGCUUUGGACCUGAGCCGUAAAUCUCUUUCCGGUGACAAAGCUCUAAUAUUUUCCAUGCGCACUCCAGAAGAAGCCAGAUAUUUUUCCAAAGCCGGAGUUUUAAAUGGACGUACCUAUACGCACAGUUUGUCUCGCCUCAGAUGCUCAUUUCUGGACUUUAAGUGAUUUAGCACCUGACAUCAGCUAAAUUAGUAUUGCAUCUGCCUGCAUAGCCUGGAUUCACUCUGAGGGCUGACAGCCAUUCAGCACAAACAGCCACAGCACCGUUUAGCCACAUCGUCCCUCUGCUCCAGGUUUGACCGGCAGCCAUUCACACACUGCGGACAGGAAAAUGCACCUGUCAGAGUUAUUUUGAUGCUCUAUUUACGAAUGUUUUACAUGCUUUUGCAACCCCUCGCUCUCUCUCUCUCGCUCCCCUCCUCUCCCUCUCUCUCCCACCCUCUUCUGUGUACUUUGAGUGAGCUGUGAAAAAGGCAUUAUAAAUAGUGGUCAUGGGUUGUGUAUAUUUAGCCACUCAAACAGCUUCUGAAACCAGUGUGGUUUGUCUGCCGGGACAGUCAUUACAGAGCUGCGAGCUCGCUCUACCUCAUACUUCAUGCCGCUGUUGUUCAGAGCUCCUGCAUAGGACGUCACUGGAGAGCCAGAAGCUGGGGCUUAUGGGGGAAGUGUCCUACCUGAAACUGAAGCUGGCAGACAUGGAGGGAAAACAGGGCCACGGGGCCGAAAGGCAGCACAAAGCAGAGGGCUUACUGAAAGAGCUUCGUAUUCUUAAGGACAAAGUGGAACACCUGGAGGAUCAGAAGUUGGAGUAUGAGAAGAAACUCAAAGCAACAAAGGCAGAGAUCAGCAGCCUUCAGCAGCUCCUGCUCACUAAGAAUGCAGAAAUUGAGAGUUUGCACACUCAGCUGAUGGCCAGACCGUCUCUUCCCACUGAGAGCAUAGAGAGAGAGAUGUACAGGAGGAGGCUAAACACCAAAUAUCUGGAACUACAGAAGCUCAAAAGUGGAAUGAAAUCACUAAUAGCUGCCAACGAUGAAAAGGACCGACGUAUCGAGGAGCUCACCCUGCUCCUAAAUCAGUGCAGGCAGUUCAGAGACGUCCCUCACGUCACAAGGCAAGCUCCACCUGCUGUUCGGUCAUUGUCGAACGGCAGGAGUCUGUCCAGCAGCAGUGAGGAAGAAGAGCAGGGUAUGAUGAAGAGUGCUGACUCAGCCAGCACUAAGUCUGAGGAUGUGAAAUCUGAGGUUUCAACUAACAGUUCUUCCUCACAACAAGCAUCUCUUCUAUCAGUCCAGAAAGACAGCGACCCCAGAAUGGAUCCACAGACUUUAUCAAGUAGCAUGAAUGACAUAACUAAUGGACAUCAGCAAAAGAGCGGUCUGGGUGACACCAGGAGUCAGACGCUGCCGACCAGCUCCUCCCUGAUGGAGCAAAAUGGGACUGACGACAGCAACAGUGAAAACCAAAGGUCUCCAAAUGGAAGUGAAGACGGAGACUCCGGCCAAAAAAAACUGGAGAAAGCUGAUGACAGCACGUCAAGUGAUAAUUCCCCGGUUCAUUCGGGGGCCGGCACGCAGCCAGGCCAGCGGGCCGUUGGCUCGCCAGAAUACAUGAAGAACAACAGGAGCUUCAAGAGGCUCUGGGGAAAACUUCGAAGGACCCAGUCUGGCGGCCUCCAGGCAGCAGAUCCAGAUGGUGGUCCGUUCAGAAGAGGAGGACUUCGUGCAACAGCAGGACCUCGACUGACCCGGACCCCUGAAUCACAUGACAAUGCACGUGAUCUUAAUAUUCCAUUCAGCCAGUGGAGCAAAGAGCAGGUUUGUGGCUGGCUGGACGAUUACGGACUGAGUCAGUACGUCAGUCUCUCCAGACAGUGGAUUGAAAAUGGACAGACUCUUCUUGCUGCUACACCUCAGGACUUUGAAAAGGAGAUGGGCAUGAAGAAUCCACUGCACAGGAAGAAGAUGCAGCUUGCUUUGAAGGCUUUCACCACUAAAGUUUUUGAGAAAUCAUCAGAGUUGGAUCACAUCUGGGUCACCCGCUGGCUGGAUGAUAUCGGUUUGCCUCAGUAUAAAGAUCAGUUUCACGAAGCUCGGGUCGACGGUCGAAUGAUCCAAUAUCUCACAGUGAACGACCUGUUGACUCUGAAGGUCACCAGCCAGCUGCAUCAUCUCAGUAUUAAAUGUGCCAUUCAUGUCCUUCACGCCAAUAAGUUUAACCCAAACUGUCUCCGUCGUCGGCCGGGAGAGGAGAACCAGCCAUCUCCCUCGGAGGUGGUGCAGUGGUCAAACCAUCGAGUGAUGGAGUGGCUGAGAGCAGUGGAUCUGGCCGAGUACGCUCCCAAUUUACGGGGCAGUGGUGUUCAUGGCGGUUUGAUUAUCUUGGAACCUCGCUUCAGCUCAGAGACGCUGGCUCUGCUCCUGAACAUCCCGCCACAGAAGACGCUGCUCCGGCGGCACCUGGCCACCGCCUUCUCGGCCCUGGUGGGGUCGCAGGCCACGCAGGAGAAAAGAGAGUACGGCAAUGCCACGGGACAUGUGCCCCUCACCACCACCGCUAAAGUAAAGCCAAAGAAACUGGGUUUUACCCAGUUCAGUCACCUGAGGAAGCGGAAACCUGACGAAUCAGACUACAUCUGCCCCAUAGACAGUGCAGCACUAACAGCCAAUGGAGUUUCUCGCUUCCCCUCGUCGACACACAGAGGCCUGAGCCCCAGUCUGGACAGGCCGGCUGAGAGGAAGGAACAGGUGGGAAUCCAGGUUCAAAGCAACGGUGCCAAACAAUAACUCAACAAACAGGACAGCUUCUUCACCUCACUCCAUUCUCACCAAGUGACUCCAGAUGUUUCUCCAGGAUCUGCCGGAUGGACCCGCCGCAAACAUACUUUAUUCAGCAGGUUGUGAUCAUGCUGUUAUCAUUUUAAUCAGGUAUUACUGAAACAACAUGCAUCUUAAAACAGUGAUUGUAUAAGUGGCCUUGUGUGACUGGUUUUAUGAAAGCUGCUCUCUGCAUUCCUUAUCAAGUUGGAUUCCGAAGCUUCUAUUUUUGCUUUUAAAACAAUGUUACUGACCAUUUUAUACUGGAAUUGAGUAGUUUGGUAAAUUUAGUGAAGGUGUUUUAUUUUGCUUUUUUUUCCCUUUGUUUGUACAGUUUAAUGGAUCGAUUACCUUAACAGUAAAUGUUCCUCGCUUCAUUUAUCAAUGAUUUCUUUUUUUGCACCUUACACAAGGCUUAUUGGUAAAUUGAAUCUGAGAUCAGUGUGCUUUAACCACAGUGUUGAAUGUUUUUGUUGUUGUUGUUUGAAACAAGCCUACUUAAACACAGUAUUUAUCAUUGCUACAGUAUGUUCCUUAAAAAAUAAAUGGAACUUUGCAUUACACAGAGGAUCAGAUCAUUACAGGAUGACAUUGAGUCCCUCUGAUGAAACAGCUGUUUUUAAUUUAAGACUGCCCACUACUGGUCAAAGACUAGAAAUACACCCAGUGAACUUUAAAUCUUUUUUUUUUUUUUUUUUUCUUUUCAUUAGUUCAGUUUUUAUUGACAGGAAACUGGCCUGGACUCUGAUUUGAUUUGUUGAAUUAAUAAAAAUAAAAUUACAUACUAUUGAUAUUUUUUUGCAGACAUCAUCAUAUUACUUUUGAACUGUUCUGAAUUAUUAAAUGCCUUCAUGUUGAAGAAUAUAUAUGAUGUAUUCCAAAUGUCACCUGAAAUUAUACAAUUAUAUAAUCUGAUUAAGUUACAUUAACAUUACAAGUUAAAUUAAAAAUCUGUGAUUACAAGAAGUCAUAAUUCAAUGAUUGUUGAUCCCUGACAAGUAUUUCAAUAUGAUCAUGAAA